AGCCCUUCUUUCCUUCUUUUCUUGUCCGCUCUUAGCUUUUGCCUCGAGAAGAUAAGCUUUUAAUGGAUAAACAGAGAUGUUCCUCACAACUUAAACCAAUUUCAGCACAAUUUCAAUCUUCUUCUUUCUUCACUGACAGAGAAAAAGAAAAUCAGAGAAAGAAAAAAAAGGGGGAUUUUGCUUCUUCCUUCCACUAACUGCAAGCCCUCUUGCUUUCAACAUGAUUCAUUGUAUGGAUCUAUGCACACUUGAAAGUUUCUUGGAUUCCCUUCUCUUUCCCUCCCUUUUCUGGAAAACCCGUUUUCGUCACAGCCCUUAAAGUGAACACGUUCUUCUUCCAGAUACAAUUUCCAUGAAAAUUUUCCAAGAAACAAUGCCUCUGUUUACUGUCUUGACACUCUUCUUUCUUGUGGGUACUUCUGUUUCAGCUUCCCUUGUUAGUGACUUUAAUGCCUUAAUCACUCUAAAACAAGGCUUUCAAUUCACCGAGCCAGCCCUGAGCACUUGGAAUUCGUCAAAUCCAACAUCAGUUUGUACGUGGGUUGGAAUCAGAUGCUUCAAAGGAAGAAUUUCUUCACUGGAUUUAUCGAAUAUGAAUCUUUAUGGCUCUGUUUCCCCGGCUCUCUUAAGCCUCAAUGAGCUGACUAAGCUUUCGCUAGCUGGAAACAACUUCACCGGCGAAAUCAAGGUGGCAAAUUUGAAUAGUCUUCGAUCACUAAACAUAUCGAGCAACCAGUUUGUUGGCAGCCUAGACUGGAACUACUCGAGCCUGGCAAAUUUGGAGGUGUUUGAUGCUUAUGAUAACAAUUUCACUGCUCUGCUUCCUCUUGGGAUUUCCAGCUUGAAGAAACUCAAGUACUUGGAGCUGGGAGGAAACUACUUCUAUGGCAGAAUCCCGGAAAGUUAUGGGAAUCCAAUUGAAUUGGAGUACUUGUCACUCGUUGGAAAUGAUCUGCAAGGGAAAAUUCCUCGCGAGUUGGGAAACCUCACCAACUUGAAACGAAUCGAAUUGGGGCAUGGCAAUGUCUUCGAAGGAGGUAUUCCAGAAGAGUUUGGCAGGCUGGUAAAUCUAGUUUACAUGGAUCUGUCAGUGUGUGAAUUGGACGGUUCAAUUCCUGGUGAGCUGGGGAACUUGAAGUCCCUGGAAACACUCUUCCUGCACACUAAUCUGCUCUCCGGUUCGAUACCCGAUCAGCUAGGCAACCUCACAAGCUUGAUCUAUCUUGAUCUUUCCAACAAUGCACUAACUGGGGAAGUCCCUUGUCAGCUAGGCAGUGCCAAAAAACUGAGACUUUUGAAGCUGUUUAUGAACAGGCUGCACGGCUCUAUACCGGACUUUGUUGCUGACUUGCCCAACUUGGAGAUUCUCCAUCUGUGGAUGAACAACUUCACAAGUGUAAUCCCCCAGAAUUUGGGCCAAAAUCAGAAGCUUCAGGGCCUUGAUUUGUCCUCAAAUAAGCUCACCGGGACCAUUCCCCAAAACUUGUGUGCUUUAGGCCGGCUCAGGAUUCUGAUUCUCCUAAAAAAUUUUCUGUUUGGAUCAAUACCACAGAGCCUGGGGAGAUGCUCAAGCCUUGUUAGAGUGAGGUUGGGGCAGAACUACUUGAAUGGCAGUAUCCCGAGCGGCCUUAUUUACUUGCCUGAGCUGAAUUUAGUUGAGCUGCAAGAUAACUAUCUGUCAGGGAUUUUUUCUGGGGAUGGUAACAGCAUUCCCAAGCCUGCAAAAUUAAGCCAGCUGAACCUGUCGAACAACCUUCUUUUGGGGCCCUUGGUGUUUUCCCUUCCUGAUUUCUCGUCCCUCAAAAUCCUUCUGCUCGGAGGAAACCAAUUCUCAGGUCCAAUUCCAUCUUCCAUAGGAGAACUCCACCAAGUACUGCAGCUUGACCUCCACGGAAAUUCAUUUUCAGGUGAAAUUCCAGUGGCAAUUGGUAAGUGUUACCAUCUUACUUACCUAGACUUGAGCAACAACCACCUCUCUGGCUCAAUCCCACCUGAAAUUUCCAAUCGAAUCCUGAACUACUUGAAUUUGUCAAGAAAUAAACUCAAUGAUACCAUACCCAAGUCAAUAGGUUCCAUGAAAAGCCUCACAACUGCAGAUUUCUCCUUCAAUGACCUCUGUGGAAACCUCCCUGAAUCCGACCAGUUCACUAUCUUUAACGCCUCAUCUUUCGCGGGUAAUCCUCAGCUCUGCGGAUCACUACUGAACAACCCUUGCAACUUCACCACCGGUACAAAACCACACAAAAAGACCAAGAGGGAUUUCAAGCUGAUCUUUGCCCUUGGCCUGUUGCUUUGCUCUCUAAUUUUUGCGGCUGCUGCCAUUCUCAAGGCCAAGUCAUUCAAGAGAAGCAGCUCGGCCACUUGGAAGAUGAGGGCGUUCCAAAAGCUCGAGUUCAAGGUCUCAGAUGUCCUCGAAUGUGUCAAAGAUGGGAAUGUGAUUGGCAGAGGAGGCGCUGGAGUUGUCUACCAUGGCAAAAUGGCUAAUGGAACUGAAAUUGCAGUCAAAAAGCUUCUCUCAUUUGGUGACAGCCAUGACCAUGGUUUUCGAGCUGAGAUUCAAACUCUAGGCAACAUCAGGCACCGGAACAUUGUCAGGCUGCUGGCGUUCUGCUCGAAUAAGGAGACGAAUUUGCUUGUGUACGAGUACAUGAGAAAUGGAAGCCUGGGAGAGGCCUUGCAUGGGAAGAAAGGCAGCUCCCUGGGAUGGAAUUUGAGGUACAAAAUAGCUACUGAAGCCGCCAGAGGCCUCUGCUAUCUCCACCACGAUUGCUCGCCAUUGAUCAUUCACCGGGACGUGAAAUCCAGCAACAUACUGCUGGAUUCCAGCUUCGAGGCUCAUGUUGCAGAUUUUGGGCUGGCCAAGUUCUUGGUGGACAGUGGCGCUUCACAGUGCAUGUCCGCCAUUGCAGGGUCCUACGGCUACAUUGCUCCUGAAUAUGCAUAUACCUUAAAGGUAGACGAGAAGAGCGACGUGUACAGCUUCGGGGUUGUGCUCUUAGAGCUUGUGACGGGGAGGCGUCCGGUGGGGGAGUUCGGAGAAGGGGUGCUGGACGUUGUACACUGGGCCAAGAUGGCAACAAACAGCAGCAAGGAGCAAGUCAUUGGAAUUGUUGAUCAAAGGGCAGGCAGAGGCAGCAGAGUGCCUCAGGAUGAAGCCAUUGCCAUGCACUUGUUCUUCAUUGCCAUGCUGUGCGUCCAAGAAAACAGCGUCGAGCGGCCAACCAUGAGAGACGUCAUCCAAAUGCUGUCAGAGUUCCCGGCUCCCCGCUCGCCGCCGGCUCCAGUCUUCCCCGUUCCUCGAUCCGCAGGCGAAGAGGCUGCCGCUGCUGCAGAAAGACGAGAAGAAAUGAUCCAAGCUUCCAACUGAGUUUCUCCCCUAACCUCCUAAUAACCCCAGAAAAUUGGAAGGAUUGGAUUGGCAGAAGAUUGUAAAUGCGUUUCUGAGCUUCAGCUGUAACAAACUUAACACUACAUGCAAUGCAUAUAGCCCAUAGGUACUUGAUAAAUGAGUAUGUCCUUUGCCCUACUUUCAGUUUCAGCUGCCUA